AUGGGGCAGCUCCAGGGUAAGGCGGCGUACCUGAAAUCGACGACGUCCUUCCUCAAUGCCUCCGAACGAGACGUGAAUAAACUCUGGGAGAGCUUCAGUGACGUGGCCGAGGGGUUCGGUCUGAGUCAGGACGAGUUGGUGGAAAUCUGUCGUUCCAUGCAGCAGUCGCUCGAGAUCCACGCACGUAACGAGAUGGAUCAGCUCAGUGGCGCGCUCUUCACGGCGCUGGACACUGACGAGAAUGGCCUGGUUGACGCUCUCGAGUUUCUCGGAACAAUGGCCAUGACGUCCGCCAUGCCCAUCCCACAGAAACUCACGUUUGUGUACAAUUGCUACGACUUCAACGAGACCGGGCAGUUGUCGCUAGAUGAGCUCACACUGGCGUUCAAGUCGACGCUCACGGGGCUAUGUAAACUCUGCGGGGGUCUGUCGUGUCCGACAGAACUCGUGCUUGAAGAUCUAGCCCAGCACGCCUUCCAGAAGGCCCAAAAACCCGGCGUGGACGCCUUCCUGUCGCUGUCAGAGUUCUUACGCUUCGCAGACACGACCCCCGAGGUGAACUCGUGGGUAGAUUACUUCGAUUGUCCAGCAGAGACUGUGGACGAGCAGGACGGAGACGACAGCGAUGCCGAACGGGAGGCUGCUGCGGGGAUGCUGGCACCUUCAGCACUGGAUGAUGAAGACACAGCGAGGAAGAGAAACGCAAGUCUACCACAUGAUGCAACAGCACCAGACCUAUCCGUAGACAAGAUGAUACCUCGACGUGCUUGGCAAUUGGCAGUGACGAACGCGACACCCAGCGCUCCACCCACAAUCGAUCCACGGAUGCCAGCAGCCAGUCUGGAGCUCGAGUGGAUCUACGGCUUCAACAGUGAUCUACGCAACAUCGUCCACUAUGUGUCUCCAGCUGAAGCGGUGUACCCUGCAGGAAGUGUGGUGGUCGUGUACGACACGGUCGCUCAUCGACAGCGCUUUGCGUGUCACCACUCUGGACUGGUACAGACAUUGGCGGUGCAUCCAGCGGAUCGUCGCGUCAUUGCUUCGGGUGAAGCUGCGUUGGUACCGAAGAUCGUGAUUUGGUCUACACAGACGCUGAGCGAGAGUGGAGCAGGAGGCGGAGGUGGAGUGCUCAGUGUCCUGCGUGGAUUCCAUCGUCGAGGCGUGUCACAUUUGGCUUGGAUGUGCAGCGGACGGACUCUCAAGGCGUCCCCAAUUUGUGACGGGAGGGCGACGACAUUUUGUACUUCUGGACACGUGAGCGAGAUGCACGAUACUCGAGUCCCCCACGCACUCUUCGCGCGACUUCCUGGUGUUCUAGGACGCAAGGCAAAAGUGCAGACAAUCCUGAGUUUGGUGGCUUUACCGGGGGAUUCUGGUGCUGUCGCUGGCACAGCACGUGGACAGUUAUUGCUAUUCGAAGGGCGGAACUGUGUGCGUGUGUUGUAUGCGCACGCAGCAGCAGUGUCGGCGCUGUUUGCGUUCAGUGGCGGCGUUUUCAGUGGUGGUAAAGACGGUAAAGUGCGAAUCUGGAGUCGACGCUUGGAACCUGGAGCACAAUUUGAUCUGGUGGCGUUAGGAAGCUCCUCUCCUCGUGUACGCAGUCUCGUGGCUUCUCCAGAGGGAGGAGUUAAGUUGCUGAUUGCCACUGCCGGAGCUGAGAUCUUCGAGAUCGCGUCGAGUGAUGGCUCCAACUUGCACUUUGGCCCGGUAGUCUGCGGCCACUCGUCCUUCCAGCUCCAUGGACUCGCUGUGCACCCUUUGCGACGAGAGUGCUGCUCGGUGGGGGACGACCGCACUGUGCGUGUCUGGGACUUGUCAGCCCAUCGUCAGCUUCGCAUUUCCGCUCUGGACGCUCCUGCUCGAGCCUGUGCGUACUCACCCGACGGCUCCACUAUUGCUGUGGGUCAAGGUGCUGACGAAGACGAUGACGAAGUGAACCCAGCGACUACCAGCCCCGAGUUGCUGGCAUGGCGUCGACGACAACAACCUAAGCUGGUGAAUCCGAACAAACAAGGCGCCUUUGCAGUGCUGAACGAGUCGUCGCUGGCAGUAAAAUUCGAGGCCAAAGACUCCAAGAGAGCGAUUAAAACGCUGCGAUUUUCCGGCGACGGCCUUACGUUGGCUGUGGGGUCCAGCGACAACUGCAUCUACUCGUAUCAUACUGAAGACUGGGCGUCUAAGGGCAAAUGUCGCGCUCGAGAUGCUGGCGUCGUCAUCAGCUCGUUUGACUUCUCAACUACUGGCGAACACAUCAUGGCGAACGCUCGAAACCGAGGCGAAAUGGUGUUUUUCGAGAGCUCUUCAGGCGUGGAAGUCACGCGUAUAGCGACGUUAAAGGACGUCGAGUGGCUGUCGUGUUCGUGUCCGUACGGAUGGGGGGUCCAGGGGGCGUGGCCUACACGGAAGCUGGAAGCUUACGAGAUAUCGGCGGUGGAUCGCUCCUCUGGUGUCGAGACGCCAAUGCUCAUUGCAGGAGACACACUUGGCUCACUGCGUUUGUUUCGGUAUCCGUGUGUGAAUCCAGAGUCGCUGGGCCAAGUAGCGCGAGGAGCAGCUAGUGCCAUCUCAGCUGUACGCUACACUGCAGACGGGAACUUUGUCGUAGCGAGUGCACGAGAUGAACGCUGUAUCUUCCAGUGGCGUGUCGAGCGCGAAGAGAUCGAUGGAGAUGGAGGCAGUGGAGAUGCAGAGGACGUCCCAGGCUUUUCAGACGACGAGCGAGAAGAAAGUCACGGGGCCGAACGAUCCGCUUUCGACGAGGCGGCUGCUGUGGGGGAUUUUGCACUUGAAUUGCUGGCGGAAAGACUGCAAGAUCCAACGUACAAUCAGGACGACGAACAAGAAGAGAGUGGAGAAGAACCACCGAAGUCUACGCCAUCAACGGCAGUAGCUCCGUCCAAGCCGUGGGUUAGUAGCAGUGUGCCGCCUUCAGACGCCCCGAGUGAAGCAGACUUGGAGCUUUCUACUGUGCCUAGCGACAGCUUGGAGCUCGAGUGGGUCUAUGGCUAUCGCUGUCAUGACGCUCGCAACAAUCUCUUCCUUACACGCGCCAAGGGCUUACUGGUCUACCCCGCUGCGAAUAUUGUCGUAGUAUUGGACACCAAGCUCUGGCUGCAGCGUCAUUUCAAGCAACACACGGACGAAGUCUCGAGUCUUGCUACAUAUUUCGGCCCAAGCAGUAAGCCCAGCAAUGCGUCUCAAGAGAUCGGGGCCUCGGGCCAAAUGGGACGUCUCCCAGUCAUUCACGUGUGGCGACUCGACUCACUACAAGUGCUGGUCUCUCUGCGAGGAUUUCAUCGCCACGGAAUCGCCGAGUUGCGCUUCAAUUCGGCUGGAAAUCUACUGGCGAGUGUGGGGCUGGACGAUCGCAACUCGCUCGCAGUGUACGACUGGCGCAGUGGAGAGCUACUAGCUCAUGCAAGUACGUCGUCGGUGGGUCGAAUUCUGGGCGUGAGUUUCCAGCAGGAAGCUGUAAUUAAAGGCGCCGUUGUUGCGCCACCGGACGACCCAGUGAACCCCUCAGAGGCUCCCGCAACUCCCGUUGUGAUCGCGACUGUGGGCGUGAAGACUGCAGCUUUUUGGCGACUUGCAGCAGGUCGGACUCUCGUCAAGAAGGACGCUUUGUUGGGGCGUAAAGCUCGCCAGGGAGGUGCUCCACCGUCCUUUUUGAGUGUUGUGUUCUGCGGUAAGGAUGCAAUUGCAGGUACAGUCAGCGGCGAUUUGUUCCGCUUCAAGGGUACCGAGCUCUCCAGUAUCGUCCCGGCGCAUACACGAGCUGUGGCAGCGCUUUGCAGUUCGACUGGAGCGACAGGAGGGAUCGCAAGUGGGGGACAAGAUGGCCUCGUCAAGCUUUGGAGUGCGGAUCUCGAGUGUCUGGCCGAGUUCGGGGAGUUCAAUGCAGCUCAUCAUGCGAUUCGCAGCGUCUUCUGGGACACAGCGAAGGAAAUGCUACUGGUAGGCACUCGAGGCAGCAGUAUCCACCUUCUUUCCUCUCUGGAUGGCUCGGCAGUUAACUUCAAAACACCUGACGGGACCCCAGUGACGUCGCUGGAGAGCCAUGCACGCGGUGAUCUCCAUGGGCUUAGUGUCUGCUAUGCUAAAGCUCGAGGAUGCACGGCAGGAGACGACGGAGUUCUCCGCAUCUGGGACUUGCAUCGUCACCUCUUGAUUCUGUCAAACAAACUGGAGACAAGCAGUCGAGCGUGCGCGUUUUCUCCUGAUGGAGACUUCAUUGCUGUUGGCUUGGGCAGCGGAGGAACUGGACGACGUCACAAGAAAGACGGCAGUAUGCUGGUGUUUGAAGACCGAGGACAAAGUGUGGAGCUCGUGUACGAGACUCGAGACACAAAACAGUCAGUGACGGUCUUACGCUUCUCUCCUGAUGGUCAGUCACUGGUGUGUGGAGCGCUGGAUGGCUCCGUCUACAUCUACGACGUCCCCAGUAACUACACGAAGCGAGCUGUUUUCUCCAAACACAAGGCGCCGAUCACUCACAUUGAUCUGGCUAGCGACUCGCAGUAUUUACGCAGCAACUGUAAAGGGUUUGAGCUGUUUUUCGCCGACGUUACCACUGGUUCUCACGUGGCCAGCGCCACAGCUCUUCGCAACCACAUCUGGGAUACUUGCAGUACCAUUUACAACUGGUCCAACCAGGGAGUGUGGCCUGUGGCUCCCACAGGACUUGAUGCAAUGAGAGAGAUCACGUGUUGCGCAUGCUCGCUACCCGGUGCCCCAUACAAAGGCAGCAGUGCCAUUCUCGCUGCUGGGAACUCUCAUGGAGCCAUCAGUCUUCUCAAGUAUCCGAGCUUUGUACAAGGAGCGGGAGCCAAGACGUACCGUGGACACAGUGGUGCUGUGGCUCAAUUAGGCUUCUCAGGAGCUGGCGGAUCGCUCUGCGUUAGUAUCGGUCGCUCUGACCGGUGCUUGCUUCAAUGGAGACGGCUGUAUGGCGCCGGUAGUGGCUCUGAUACAGCAGUAAAUGGUAACGUGGGCAUAGCGAAAGAUCCUGAAGAGGACCCUGAUCUGGAAGCUGAAGGACGGUUCCUGCCUGAAGCGUUCGUCAACGUUGGUGGAGGCGCUCCGAGCGAGGUGACGCCGUUCGUGAGCGCAAUAUUACCACCGUCAGGUGUCGUGCAGGAGCCGAGCGAGGCCGACGGAGUGGUUAAACAUCGAGUGUUCGACUUGGAGCAUGUUUUUGGCUUGCGUACACAUGACGCCCGACAAAACGUCGUGUACGCUCGACCGAAGCGGAUCGUGUACCCGACUGGGUGCGUCGGCGUGAGUUAUGAUCGACGUGAACACCGACAGCAGUUCUACACGGAUCAUACGCGUCCUAUCUUGUGCAUGGCAGUGUCGCCUUGUGGAGGCUUCGUAGCUUCGGGAGAGAUCUGCGCUCAGAACUUUGCACAUGAGAGACCACGUAUCCACGUGUGGGAACCUGCUACCUGCACUCGCGUAGUAGAGCUCAGUGCCUUUCACAGUAAAGCUGUGACUGCUGUCUCCUUCAGCUCACCCGAUGGAAAGCUACUGGCUGCAGUGGGUCAGGAUGAAUUUCAUUCACUAGCUGUGUAUCGCUCAGCGUCCGGCCAGUGGUUCGACGGUGCAUUGCUUGCAAGCUCUCGCUCUACUCGCCACGCAGUGUUCUUUGUCUGUUUCAUCGAAGAUCCGCAGAGUGCAGGAGGCUGUAACUUGGUCUCCGGAGGAGAAGACCAUGUUCUGUUCUGGAAGAUCACACCACCAGCACUUACAGCACGGGACGGCAUUUUUGGUGCUCGAGCACAGCGACAGCCAGUGCUGUGCGGUACUUCGAUGGGCGGACUUGUAGUCACAGGCUGCGCUUCUGGUCAUCUGUACAUUUGGGAGGCCUGUGCUGUCGCGCGAGUAGUUUCAGCUCAUACCGGCAGCGUCUACGCCAUUCAUGCGACGUCGCUAGGCUGCGCCACUGGAGGUCGUGACGGACACGUGAAGCUGUGGGCACGCACGACUCUGGCGCCUCUAGCUGACUUCGAUGUUGCAGGUUUCCACCCAGCGCCACAUAACGCCGUUGUGCGCUCGCUUUGUUGGGACGUAGCAGAAGAUCGCUUACUUAUCGGUACGAAAGGUGCCGAGUUGUUCGAGCUAUCUCGACUCACGGGAGACGCCAUCCUCGUGUCGGAGAGCCACUUCGACCGCUCUGUUCAGCUUCAGGGACUCGCAGUGCAUCCGCUUCGACCAGAACUGGUAGUCACAGCUGGAGGUGACCACACGGUGCGUCUGUGGCAUUUAGAAAAGCGCUGCGUGGUAGCAAAGACUGCGCUGGAUGGGGCUCUACAGAGUGUGGCUUUCUCUCCGGAUGGCAAGUGGCUCGCUGUGGGUUUUGGCGGGUCAGAGAGCAGCAAGAGUCACAAAGAUGGAGCCUUUGCCGUGCUCGAUGGUCAGACUCUUGAGCUGCAGCACGAAGGACGAGAUAGCAAGCUCAGUGCGCUGGACGUGACGUUCUCUCCGGACUUGACCCUGCUGGCGUUGGCUUCAGCCGAUCACUGCGUGUACUUCUACUCCGCGCUGGACAAUUUCUCGCUGCGCUUCAAGUUCUCCAAGCCCAGUGGACGUGCGACUCGCUUGGACUUUGCAGCUGAUAGCAGCAUGGCACGAGUGUCGAGCGAUGCGUUCGAGCUUCAGUUCGUGAGCACCAUGGACGGCAGUCAGAUCACGUCGGCUGCUAGUGCAGCAAACGUCGCAUGGGCGUCACACAAAUGUUUGUUUGCGUGGGCGGCGCAGGGCGUCUGGGAUGUCGCUGGCAAGCCAGACGACCACGUUCACGCUCUGGCAAAGGCGAACACGCAGGAGAUGCUGGUGGCUGCUACCAAUCAGGGCGAGAUCCGUGUGUACAACACGCCGUGUCUGUCGAGACACACGGAGCAGCACAAACUGCUUGGACACAGUCUGAACGUGGCCAACGUAGCCUUCACAUGCGACGACUCAAGGUUGGUCUCUAUUGGAGCCAACGACAAGAGUCUGUUCGUAUGGAAAGUAAAGAAGACAAAACUUUGA